AUGGGGUCCAGUGGCAAUGGUAGAUGCACCAAGGAGGGGGUUAUUGGGGAGAUGAGGAUCAGUGAACAACCAUCAGACUGUUUAGAAAGGGGUCAGGCCCCACUCCACCAUUCUCUGUCCUACUCUGUACCACCACCCUUACAUAUGGGUUCUGCUGCAGGAGGGGCACAUCCCCAUUCUCAUUCUCACCCCCAUACACAUCCUCAUCCAGGGAGCUUCCCUUGCCUUCAGCUCCACCCCAGUCACCCACAUCACCCACACCAUUCCCACCAUACACACCACCACCCAGACUUCUUCUGCCCACCUCCUCCGGCUCCUCUUGCCAACCCUGCCUCACAUGACAGGGGGCCGGCCAAUGUGGUGCAAGAGGGUAAAGUCACUGGAGCGACAUUUGUGCCAUCUGUGGCAGACCUUGGGGACAAAUCAAGUGGGCCAUUCCAGCUUGGUAACCCUGACUGCCAGGGUGUGGGUAGUGGAGGGGGAGGUGGAAAUGCAAAGGAUAAGGCAAUAGAAAAGAAUGGAGGCGGUGGGCACCAUAGUAGUUGGCACAGAAAACAGCAGCAACAACAACAGCAGCAGCAGCAGCAGCAACAGCAGCACCCAUACAGAAAGACUGAGAAGGCGCCAGAUUGGAUGCAGUCCCAUCAUCAGCAUCUUCAGCCAUCACAGCUUCCUCCACCUCCUCAACUACAACAGUCGCCGCAUCCACAACAGCAGCACCAAGUUGCACGGUCGCGAAGCGCUGAGUGCAUCAACAGCGGUGUAGACAUGGAUGUGUUUCGGUCCACGCUUCCCCAGGGGCCAAAAGCUGGACACUCUGUUCCUCAUUCUGUCAACACUUCACCUUACAGAGACUGUUCCCAUCCAGGCCCCCCACCAAACGCCUCCCCACUCGGAAGUAAAAGCAUGGGGCAACAUGGUGGGGCUGGAGCACCCCAUGGACCUGGUCCUGGGGGCAGCUGCUCCUUACAGAGGGACGGCCAAAAGGUAGCCAGGAUACGCCACCAGCAGCAUGGACGACCUGGCCCAGAUGCUCCUUCUCCUGCUGAGUUGAAUCAGGUGACGGGACAGGAGUUGAAAAGAAAGAUAGACAUGUCUCCGUAUAGUUUCAACAACAACAGCGGGCAGCACCACCACCAGCAGCCUCCAGUGCCAUCCUGGGCCAUGAGGCCUCCACACCACAUGUCACAACCGGAAGAGGAGCAGAGGAAGUCGUACAUGGAGUUGGGGAGCACUGGAGGGCAACACUCCCAACAGCAGCAACAACAACAGCAGCAGCAACAACAACAACAACAACAGCAGCAGCAACAGAGAAUGAGCUUGCCACCUCCCCAACCUUCCCCUGUUCCUCCACUCAAUCAGCAACAGCAGCAUCAACAGCAGCAACCUGAGCCCCAGGGCCCAACUCAAGGGGAAAGCAGUGCCAUGAAAAGCUUACUUAAGUAUAGCAACCAGCAACAGCCACUGCUCCUCUCCCAGAAAAGCCCCUUUGGGGGGCUUGGGAACCUCAAAUCAGGUCCCGCUGGUGGGAGCUGUGCUUUGCAGGGCAACAAACAGACCCUACCUUCCAGGAAGGGCCCCACCAAUGAAAACGAGCGCCCUGAUUACAGUGGAAGAAGCAGGGAUAUCGGAGAAGCCGGACAUGGAGAAAUAGAGGUGCGGCAGCCCCCGGUGGGAAUCGCAGUGGCGGUGGCCAGGCAAAGGGAGCCACCUUGUCGCUCAGCAGACGGUCAUUCCAACAGCCGACAGGGAAGGGUUCAUCCCUCAGUGAAAGGACUCCCCCGCUCCAUCUAUCCCUCAGACCCUACCACUGAAGAGGAGAGGAAGAGGAUGAGUGGGGAACAGAUGGGUCUGAAUUGUUUAGACAGAGAGAGGGAGGUGUAUAUCAGGGAUAAUAAAGAAAGGGUCGAGUUUGCAAGAAUCCAUCCCUCCAACAGUUGUCAUGGGGACCUCACCUCUCAUCUUAUGGUCCCAGGCGGGACUACCCUCCAGUCUGGCCAAUUAGGAGAUCCAGCUGCACAUUCAGCUCACCAUCAUUGGAUGCCAAGAACUGGUAGCCCAUCCCUCUGGAUGACAGGACACUCCUACGCAGGUAUAGGUCACACAGCUUUGCACCAAAAUCUACCCCCAGGUUUUUCUGCAGCCAUGCAAGGCCCUCUGCAGCCAGUUCUGCCUCUGCCCCAGGACCCCUCUACUCAGCUGGUGGUGCUGCCCACAGAGCCUCCCUCCCAUCCUGCAACUCAUCACCUUGAUGUGAUGGAGCAGCCAGGGCUGUGGCCCCCUGUGUAUGGCGCCCGGGGCCCACCCUCCCACAUGCAGCAUCCUGCUGUGUACUCCCGCUCCCAGUUUCUACGGCAACAAGAGCUGUAUGCUCUCCAGCAGCACCAACAACUUCAGCAUCAGCAUCAGCAUCAACAUCAGCAGCACCAGAGCCACCAGUCACAAAAACCACAACCACAGUCUCAAACCCAGCAGCAGCAGCAGCAGCAGCAGCACAGAGCUGCACAUGACAUGGAAAUGCAACAUCAUGCAUCUCACAAUGCCCAGAUGCAGAAGAGGCCGGAUGAGCCCUCAGUUGAACUAGAAGAACUCAUUUCAGAACCAAGAACGCCUAAACCUGCCAAGCCCUACUCGUACAACCAACAUCAGAGGAACACUUCUCCCCCGGGGGCCUGCACUGCUCACCUGUCCCCUUGUUGCCAGUCUCCCUCACUACGGCCGCAUCCUAAAAGCACUCCCUCCACACCGUGCCCUGCUCCCAGCCCUGCUGCAGCAGCCCCUCACUCGCCUGUCAUCAGCCCGGCCCCACCUCAAAUGCCCAAGGGGAAUGAAGCCCAGGAUAAGAGAGUAGAGGGACAGCCACCACAGGAUUACCCAGAGUCUCUGGAGCCAGAUCUGCCUCCUGGAUAUACCUACCCUGCUAUGACCAUGGGCUACAGGGGUGGACCCUCCCCCCAGGAUGUUCGACUGGCUGAGCCGGCCGACCUGGAAGCUGUCCAAGCGGAGCCUCCUGAGCAUGUUCCCCAGUCUCUCUCCAGCCUGGGGGAGGGGCUAGAAUGCCAAGCGGUGGUCAGGCCCCUCCCAGAGUCACACCCACCCAAGGAAGUGGAGCAGGAAGAAGGGAAAACUAUUCCUGAGAGAGUUCUGGAACAGAAGGAGGAGGUCGAGGUAGCGGCAGUGACAACAGCCAACUAUGUGCCUGGAGAGAAGGAGGUGGAGGAUCAGGGGCCCGCUGAGGAAGAGGUCCUGGUUUGCCCCCCUGCCGAGAGCCCCGUGUGUGAGGCUGCUUCUUGUCCAGUCUCCCUUUCAACGGAGGAGCUGGAAAGGCCACAGGCUGUCAUCACCCUGGAAGAGGAAGAGGAUGAUGUGGCAGUGGGUGAGGAGAGCCAGGUGGAGCCUGCUCAAAAGGUCAACAUGCCUGGAGAGAAGGAGCCAGAGCUGCCCACCAUCAUUGAGCUUGACCCUGCUUCUCCUGCAGGGCCGGAGUUGCAGACUCCAGCCCAGGAGGAAGCAAAGGACAGCGAGCAGCAGCAGCAGCAGCAGGAGAAUGAGACGAGCCCUGAAGAUGCCUCAGUGGAUUUUGUUUGUCUGUCUCCUGCUUCUGUCUCCAGCCCAAGUCAGGCAGCAGUUGCCGUGCCCAAUAAACCUAACGUGCCCUGCUACUGGAGUCUGGAGCUGCUGAUUGCUGCUGCGUUCUGCACAGAUGUACCCCCGUUCCCCUUGUUCCCUUACAGUGCCCCAUUAGUUGCCCCGUCACUACCUAACCCCCACCACGGUAUGGAGCUUCUAAGUGAGCUGGCGGAUCUUGAGCUACAACAGCAAAAGCGCACAUGUGGGAAAAGCCAGGAAGACGAGUUGCUGAUGUUUGACCUCCAGAGCCUCGCUACCCUCGCCACAGCCCGUGCCAUGGAGAUGGGUACCCAAGACAGCAGCAGUGCGAGUUCUGGGCGACAUUACCCGGCCCGCAGGAUCCUCAAUUUACGCAGGAAAUGCAGCUGGACUCCUCGCAAUGAACGAGUGUGCCCGGCCAAAGGUACCAUGGAAACAAUGGACGGUCCUGAGCUUGCAAUGCGUGUCAAGUUGGCUGAGCUACAACGUCGCUACAAAGAGAAGCAAAAGGAGCUUGCCAAACUUCAGAGGAAGCACGAUCAUCAGAAGGAGGAAACACCUCGCAGCCCAGCACGACGAGGACCAGGGCGGCCAAGGAAGCGGAAACCCACCCUCACCACAGGUCCACUGUCCUCAUCUGAGGGCCUAAGAAAAGUCAAGUCGCUGGGGGCGGGGCUUGCUCUGUCGCCUGAGGACCUAGGAGGGGGCGGAGACAGCCAGAGAAGGAAGAAGAGGCUGUCCAGUCGAGGCUUUGAGCGACUCGGCAGCACACAGAUAAAAGCACAGGGCUGCAGAAAAAGCAGUCUUCACAGCCUGCUCAGCUCCAAGCUGGCCAGUGAUGUGACUCAGCUCAAACAGAAAGCCCAUGGUAAAAAGAAUCUCUCAGGGACAGGCUCCAGGGACAAGGAGCUUUCGCCCUGUAACUCCAACCCCAAGCACAGACACCGAAGCCAGGGCACAAGCAAAGUCGAGUCUAGGCUGGAGUCUGGGGGACAAAGUGACACAGCAGCCAGUGGCGACAGUGGUACCCAAGAGAGCUGGACGGGACUGGUGCGCCGAGGACGUACAAAGGGAUCCAACUCCCUUUCACAGGGUUCCUCUCGUCUGAGUCAGUCCAGAUCAAGAGUUCUCCACGGCCAGAGACGGGACACUAUGGAGGAGGGAGAGAGCUCCCCUGCAGAGAGCGUCUCCUCUGAUCAAGACGAUGAAGAAGAGGACGGCAGUUAUGAUACAGAUGAAGGUCAAGACUACAGAGCCCAACCUCCCAGAGAUGUUACUUCUAGUUCCUCCAUGACCGGUCCGAGUCCCUCAUCUGUUGUAAAACUUGAAGCAAAUCAGAAAGCCAGGAACAAGAAACAGAGACAGGAGCUUUAUGGCUCCCAGUGUCUGUCUGGAGCAGAAGGGGAGGUCAAAGUUAGAAAGAAGCCACCCUGUAGGCUGGGCCUGGCCACGUCCGUCAAGAACCAUCAUGACGAGUACCGGCCCGAAGGGGUGAGAAGGCCAUGUGUGCCCAGGUCUAAGGAACCUCGAUGGGGUAGCCUCGGGACCAGAGGCAACCGCUACCGGAGAAGCAUGGGACUGGCCACCUUCCCAACUACCAGUGAGAGGCUAAAGAGGGCGACACGCAAGAGCACUAUGUUGAGAGGAGUAAUCAAUAAGAGGAGAAGUUGCUGGACCGUUGGAGGCCCAUCCUCACAGAGCGAGGAGGGUAGCAGGGGACGUAGGAGCAAUGAACAGCAGCCAAAGGGACGAGCAGUGAGCCGGCUGCUCGAGAGCUUUGCUGCUGACGAGGGCUUUCAGAUGGAUGGAAGCAGCUUCUCAGAGGAGGAGGAGGAGGACAGCAAGCAUUCGUACAACAGCAAGAGCCCUCAAGUUCCAAACUGUUUCCUGACCAAAGAUCGACUAACUGACGGCCUGAAGGUGCUGAUCUCCAAGGAAGAUGAGCUUCUUUACGCCGCCAGGGUCCACACUCUGGAGAUACCUGACAUCUUUAGCAUUGUUAUUGAUGGGGAAAGAGGAAACCGCCCAAGAAUCUAUUCGUUGGAUCAACUGCUACAAGAAGCUGUCCUGGAUAUACGUCCAGAGUCAGAGAGUAUGCUCAGUGAAGGGACCAGGGUGUGUGCUUACUGGAGUGAACGCUCACGCUGCUUAUACCCAGGCUACGUUCGCAGAGGUGGUUCAUCUGAUGAGGGGAAACAAGGAGGAGUGAUGGUAGAGUUUGAUGAUGGAGACAGAGGAAAGAUUUCUCUCCCAAACAUCCGCCUCCUGCCUCCAGGAUACCAGAUUCACUGUGCAGAGACUUCUCCUGCCCUGUUGGUACCCAGUGGGACAACAGCCAAUAGAAGUUCUAGUCUGGAGCAGGUUCCCUUCAGUGACAGACCCUCUGACAGACUGAGCACCAUCAAUGCCGUCAUCAACAGCAUCAACAGCCAAACUGUUCACAAACGAAGACCGGGGAGACCAAAGGGUUCUGGGAAAAAACAAAAACAGCAGCAGCAGCAACAGGCAGAAAUAGCCAAUCGAAAUCCUUCUCCUUUCCUGGGUUGGUCUUCAUUGGCCAGCACUAGGAAAAGAACAUCUGACAAUUUAUUUCAGCUCAAUGGGAUACCCAGGAAGGCCAUGAGAGGGAAGGAGGGUGAUCUGUUUUCCUUGCCUAAGACCCAGCCACUGGCCUCCACACCAGCCAAAGGAAUUUUCAGCAGUAGCUCCUUUGAGGUGGACUCCUUCAGCAGCAUUGCAAACGGUUACUCUUCUUUUUGUACUCAGUCUACAGGGCCAAGUCCAGGUUUAUCUCUGGGCCACAAAAGUGGCCUGUAUGAUCAGAGGCGCAGGCAGGAUGAGUGUACAAUGCCAAAGAGCAGGAAGUCUGGACAAGAGUUCCUGGUCAAGUUAGAUCAUGAAGGAGUGACAUCCCCAAAGACAAAAAACAGCAAAGCUCUGCUGUUGCGAGGUGGGUCUUCAGGAGUGAGUUGUAUACCAAGGGCGGAGGCAUACUCUCACCCAGUGCUGCUGGUUAAAGACAACAAAAAGGGUGGUGCCUCCCGAGUAGAACUUCUGGUGAAAGGAACAACACCUCAAAGAAAGCCUUCGAAUUCUCUGCGUCUGGGUGAAUAUGGCGACUUGGGCUUCAGCUACCGUAGAGAGUGUCACAGCUCAUACUCUGAUCUGGAUGAUGAAGAGGACGAGAGGAGCAGGGCUGCACUGGCUGCAGCCUCAGGAGGGCUAAGGACCGCUGGCCGUUUCCUUUCUCGUCUCUCCGUCUCCUCCUCCUCCUCUGGUUCUUCAAGCUCCUCCUCUUCAGGCUCUCUCUCCAGUUCCAGCCUGUGUUCUUCUGACAAUGAUUCCUCCUACAGCUCAGAGGAUGAAGACAGCUCCACACUGAUGCUUCAGAGUUGUUUGUCUACCCACCGAGGGCUCCUGCAACCCUCUGAACCCUCCACUUCAUCUAGGCCACACCAGCACUCGUUUGUGGCCAAAGCUGUGGCUGUUUCUAAUGCCAAAGGAGGAGUCCCAGAACAAGUGUCCAAUAGUAAGUCCCUGAAGAGAAAAGAAUGCGUCAGCUCCACCUCUAAACCAUCCAAGGAUUUUGUAAAGAAACCUAGGAUGCAUCCUGAUGACAAUUCAUUCAUUCCAAGGCCCAAGAUGUCUGCAUUCCUUGCAGGACGACAAAUGUGGAAGUGGUCAGGAAACCCUACACAGCGGCGAGGUCUUAAGGGCAAGGCCAGGAAGCUUUUCUAUAAGGCCAUUGUGCGAGGAAGAGACACGGUGAAAGUGGGAGAUUGUGCUGUGUUCCUCUCAGCUGGACGCCCUAACCUUCCAUACAUUGGUCGAAUUGAGAACUUAUGGGAAUCCUGGACCUCCAACAUGGUCGUUAAAGUCAAAUGGUUUUACCACCCUGAAGAGACAAAGCUUGGAAAGAGGCAUCGAGAUGGCAAGCAUGCCCUCUACCAGUCAUGUCAUGAGGAUGAGAAUGACGUCCAGACAAUCUCUCAUAAGUGUCAGGUGGUGAGCAGGGAGGAGUAUGAGUGUCUGACUCACAAUCAGAAGCCGAACAGUACUUCCCCAGAUCUCUACUACCUGGCUGGGACAUAUGACCCAACUACUGGUCAGUUGGUUUCUGCUGAUGGGGUUUCCAUUUUGUGCUGAACCUCAAUGAGGACACUACUGAAGGACUCUCUUGGAGGAAGUUAAGGUCCAUGAUGUUAACUAGAAGAUCCUCAGACACUGGAAGACAACAAGUUUCCUUGGGUUGCCCCAUGGAUCCAUGGACUAAAUGUCAGCACCAAAGAAGGACUGUCUGAGGUCACACACUGGAGUCUACUGGUAUCUAAUCUUCAUAGAGAUGAUUUGAUGUCCAAAACUGGUGGAUCCUUUCAAGAAGAAAAGUUCAAAGUCUGGGUCUUUCUGGGCAAAUUCAAUAAGUGGCAUUUCGCUCGUCUUACUAAUCUCUUUUUAAUGGAUCCAUUUUGGACAAUUUUAAGAAGACUCGUGUUUUCAGCUCUCUUUAUACGUCACCAAAGGGGAGCUGGGAGUGCAUUUGACUGUGCAAAUUACCACACACAUGGAAUAGUCUUUGCGGACCAAUUUUUUAACAGGUAGCCUUACCUAAGGGAAUGGAAACAAAAGUAAGGCAUGGGGCUCUCCCCCGGACCGCUUCAUUCCAGGGAAGUAAAAAAAAAAAGAAAAAAACAUGUAAAGGAUGUAAAGUUGAUGUCUGUAAAUAAUUUGAAUUUUCUUUUCCAAUCAAGCCAUACACUUCAGUACCUCUCACCUGUCUUAACAGAUCAGGUGUACAUUGUACAGUUCAAUAUUGUAAUGUUGUUUGUUGUCUAUAUGUACAUAAAAACUAUUUUAUAUAGGAGUUUAUUGUAUAUAUGAGAUGUAUCUUUCCAUGUUUGCGAUUGAUUUAUUUUUAUAUGGGUGUCGAAUACAUGACGUUGUUUUUCCUUUGCUUUGGGAAGUCAAGAUUGGAGGUGUUAGUGUUGCACUGCAUAUGCCCUGCUGAGACCGACGGAGACAGACAGAGCACAAACAAAGACAGAAGGAUUUAGUCUAUAACAGGAAAAGGCUCACUUUCUGAGAGAAAGGGGUCAGCCUGUUUAAAAAAAAAAAAGAAAUAGGUCAAGUGGCUUUUUGUAAGACUGUCCUGUUACUUUGCAUAUUUGUUAUCCUAUUUUAAAAACACAUUUUUAUUUAUGUACCUCUAAGUUGGUCAUUGUCACAUGGCAGAUCCCACUGGACUGCAAUCACGGGUCAAAAAUGAUUCAAGAUUAAUGACAUGAGCGUACCAUUACGAUACGAUAUUUGUGUGUGAUGAGUGUCCUGGCAUCACAAAAAUCAUGUCCACACAAAUCAAUUAAGUACAAGACUGGGACUUUUCAUGAAAUUGCGUUAAAUGUGCGUUGCACUCAUGAAUGCUUAGUUCAGCACAUUAUGACCGACAAAAUACCAAAGUGUCUUUAAUGUCUUUAUUUCCUUAUUUAAAUUGAACAUGUGUCAAGCACCUGUACUGAACUCAAAUCAGAAAUCACUGGUAACUUAUAGAAUACUUGUCCUCCACUAUGUGCAUAAAGAUUUAUCUAUAUAUUGGCUUUGCAUUGUGACAAUGGUUUCUUGCACAUGUACCUGCAGUUUUUGUUAAGUGCAAACACAUGCAGCAAAAGGCCACCUGGAAGUGUGACUGUGAAGGUCGAGGUACUGACAAAGUAAGACGUGGAGUGCUGACAAUUUGUUGGAAUUAGUCGAUUUUAGUUUCAUCAGCCAGCUGUGUCUAUUUUGUACAGUACACGCACAUUCUAAAUGCUAACUGUGAAGGACAAUCAGAUUCACAAAGCAAUGGACAUAUAAAAGGUUCACUCAAUCUGAAAAUGACUUAAGUUAAUUUAAUUUGUGCCAAGUACAUUUUGUCCUUAUUUUUUUGUCUUGUUUGAUAUGCAAUCCUGAGUAUUCUUUGUUCACAAAGUUUUAUUUUGUUCGCCAACCUUUUAUUUAUUGUCAUUGUUGCUGUUUUUUUUUCAUGCCAAGAGCGCUUUAUGAGAAUGUGACAUUGUUUUUCUUGGUGUGAUGUCGCAUUUGCAUUUCUUAAAUAAAACUGGUCUUGUAGAGGCCAUCUAGUAAAAAGAAAUAAAGCAACACUGGAUUCUUCUCA